AUGUCUUCUCACGAUGAUCACAAACCCUCAACUGAGGGUGCCGUAGAAAAGUCAACGUCCACCAAUGUCGAGCACCUUGAAAAGUCCCACGGCACCGUUGUCGAAUUCGACGACUCCAUCGAAGAUACCAAGCCUUCCAAAUCCGUUUGGCUCAUCACAUUUACCGUUGCAAUGGGCGGCUUCUUGUUCGGUUAUGAUACUGGUGUCAUCUCAGCUGUUCUGGUUACAAUCGGCGACGAUCUCGGCCAUAAUCUCGAUUCUCAUGAGCAAGAGCUUAUCACAUCUAUUACUUCUGGUGGCGCUCUCAUUGGUGCUCUGAUGGCAGGCCUUCCAGCUGAUAAAUACGGCCGUAAGCUUGGAAUCUACAUUGGUUGCUUCCUCUUUCUCGUUGGGUCUGUGGUCCAAGCUGCUGCCUUCAAUAUUGCCGCCAUGACUGCUGGACGUCUGAUAGUUGGAUUCGGAGUAGGAUCGGCGGCCAUGAUCAUUCCUCUUUAUAUCGGAGAGCUCGCCCCAGCCAAGUACCGCGGUCGUAUGAUUGCCUUUGACAACCUCAGUGUAACACUGGGUCAAUUGGCUUCCUACGGUCUGGGAGCUGCUCUUACUGAUGUUCCUCAUGGAUGGAGAUACAUGAUCGCCAUCGGCGGUGUGCCCCCAAUCAUCCUUGCCGCUCUGCUGCCUCGUUGCCCCGAGUCACCUAGGCAGCUUAUUGCGCAUGGAAAGAGAGACGAAGCUGAGCAAUGCCUGCGACGUGUUUACCCUGCUGCAACCGAGGACCAGCUCAAGUCUAAGCCUGAACGUAUCAUAUGGACUGUUGAGUUCAAGCAGCUUCACUGUGUGCCAUCCAACCUUCGUGCGCUGAUUUCUGCUUGCACCGUCAUGGCCAUCUCCCAGCUUGGUGGUUUCAACACGCUCAUGUACUACUCUGCUACGCUGUUCUCCCUGGUCGGUUUCAACAAGCCCACCGCCGUUGCUAUCGUUGUUGGUGCUACAAACUUCCUCUUCACAUUCGUCAACUUGGUUGCUAUAGACAAACUUGGCCGCCGCAUCAUUCUGUUAGUCACCGUGCUGGGCAUGGCUCUGAGCAUGGUCAUAGCCGCCAUCGCAUUCCACUGGAUCCCCAUCUCUAAAGACCUCGUUCUCCAGGCCGAUUCCGUCAACUGGGCUGGUAUCGUCGUGCUCGUCACCAUCAUCUUCUACGUCGCCUUCUUCGCUACGAGUGUAGCGACCAUCGGCUGGGUCGGAACAGAGCUUCUACCUCUGGAGGUUCGCGCGCUUGGCACGAUGAUGAAUACAGUGACUUGCUGGGGCUGCAAUCUCAUCAUCGCGUCGACCUUCCUCUCCAUGAUGAAGACCAUGACCCCUAGCGGCGCGUUUGGCUUCUACGCAGGUAUUUGCUUCUUUGGGUGGAUCUUUGUCAUUUUCUUCUACCCCGAGGUGAAGGGUCUUCCGCUUGAAGAGGUUAGGAAGGUCUUUGAGAAUGGGUUCGAUGUCAAGUUGGCCAAGCAGAUGCAGCGCGAUCUCAAGGCUGGCAGCCAGGCUUCUGUGGCGUCCAAGGCCUAA